CAUCAAAAUAAUCCCUAAAUAAGUAAAUACUCCGUAAUCUUUUAGAAGGGGAUUAUGGUGUCUUGUUCUGAACGAAGUUCUGAGUCUGGGGGUGGUCCGCUAAGAUAUUGUAGUGUUUAUAUGGCUUUCAUCCUCAAUUUUUGUAAAUGGUAAUCAACUAUUCAUUACUUUGUAAAAGCGCUGCGUGUAUUGCUUAUUGUAUUUGUAGGUCGCCAUAUGGAUCUUUUAUCUAAAGCAUACUCUAGUUCAUUCGACGAAGACGAUGAUGUCCAUGUCCAAGCUGAACGCAACACACUCAGAUGGAAUCCUCAGAAACGGGCCAGAUUAGAACCAUCUAAUCGAGGGUUUAAAUCCGUGCCGGUGGUUCACCCGAAUGACGCCUCAAACCCCCCAUCGGAGAGCCCUCUACCGGGCAGGUACAUCUCCAAGCGAGAGAGAAGCGCAUCGGUUUCUGCUUCGAGGGAUUCCAGCCCCAACCAGCCUCCCUCUCACACUUCACCAGCGAUGGGACCUAUUUCUGCUGUAGAUCUUCCUCAAAAUAUUUUAUCUGCAUUGAAGCAUCAAUCUAACAUAAAUAAGCGCUUUAUCCAAAUGCCUGAGAGACUUACAGUAGCUCUUGAUGGGCACUCAAGAUCAGUUAAUACUGUGCAUUGGUCAAGAAGUCAUUUGUUUAGCCUUCAGCUCACCUUCUUGCAUCUGCUGGCAUGGAUCAAACUGUUUGCAUAUGGAGUGUUUGGAGUAAAGGUAAUAAGAAAGUGCGCGUAUUCACUCAUCACACUGCUGCUGUAAAAGAUGUGAAGUGGUCACAUAAUGGGCUCUCUGUGCUCUCAUGUGGAUAUGACUGCUCUUCGAGGCUAACUGAUGUUGAAAAAGGAGUUGAAACUCAGAUAUUCAAGGAGGACCAAGUUGUAGGAGUGGUGAAAUUUCAUCCUUACAAUUUCAACCUAUUCAUGUCUGGUGGGUCUAGAGGUGGCCUUAAGCUGUGGGAUGUUAGAACCGGAAAGGUUGUCCAUCAAUAUAAGAAGAAUCUUGGUCCAAUACUUGAUGUAGAAUUCACAGUUGAUGGCAAGCAGUUGAUCUCUUCGAGUGAUGUUUCUGGAAGCAAUAUCAGUGAAAACUCAAUAAUCAUUUGGGAUAUUUCUAGGGAAAUUCCCUUAUCCAACCAGGUCUACAGUGAAGCCUAUACCUGUCCCUCUAUACGAUGCCACCCUUCUGAUGCCUACUUUAUUGCACAAUCAAAUGGAAACUACAUAGCAAUCUUCUCUACAUCCCCUCCCUUCAGACUGGAUAAAUAUAAAAGGUAUGAAAGCCAUAGUGUGACCGGAUUCCCCAUCAAAUGCAAUUUCAACUUGGAUGGGACUAUCAUUGUAAGUGGUUCCUCAGAUGGAUAUAUCUACUUUUACAAUUCCAAAUCAGGUCACCUGAACAAAAAAAUCAAGGCAUAUGAUGAAGCUUGCAUAGAUGCCGUCUUCCAUCCUGUUAUGCCAAACGUUGUUGCUUCUUGCAGCUGGAACGGAGAAGUUUCUGUUUUUGAGUGAGAUGGUAAAUUUGUUAUUAGAUUUUGUCAUUUUGGUAUAAAAGCUGAACUCUCCAGAAAGGCAAGUAUUGGUCGUGUAAAUUUAUGUGAUAAAUGCCUGUGCUUGAGAUGGAGAUAGAUCCUUACAGCAGUUGCUGGAGCAUGUAAUCUGGACAACCAAAAGCUAUGGAUGUCAAAUUGGUUAUACUUGUUAUAUAACAUUUGGAACUUGAUUUGGGAAAGCAAUGUGAAAAACUAAAGAAUAAACUGGCAAAUCAUAU